AUGCCGCAGCGGAUGCUUGACGCAGACGUGGAAUUUGACCUGCUUCUCUCUGCGGUGACGCUGGCUGCUCUUCUGCCGCACGCACCCGGGGCUCCGGUAGAAGAAACGCCCACCGCGGCCCCGGCAGUUGAGACCUCAGGUGAGGAGGUGGAGGUGGAGGUGGUGGGGGUGGUGGUGCCCUCCGGCCGUCUGAGCGACUCACCGCUCUGGCCCGCGGUCCUCGGCGUGACCAAUCUCCACAAGAAGGAGUUUGAAGAGGAAUUUAAAAAUGUGGUGGAAUAUAAUGUUCUUGACGACCACAAAGUCUUAUCAGUCCCGGAAAGCUGCCCACGCUCCAACUUCAGCGAGGAGGCUUGUCUCCACAGAAUAGCCCACGGCCUUCUCAUCUACACAGUUCUUCUGAAGCACGUGGAGAAGGAGUACCCCGGCAGCUUGAUCGGCUCAUUGGCCAAAUACUACAGCGGCCUCCUGAUCAACCUAUGCAAAGAGAAGAUGAGGAAGCCCGUACAGGUCGCUGCACUGACGGGCAGCCAGGAGGCCCAGCUGCUGAGGGGCCUCGACCAAACCACCGCCUUCCAGAGGAAGAUGGUCGCCCACAGCAUCCUGCGCCAGCUCCACCACUUCCUGCUGGACAACAGACGAGCCAUCGCUAAAUGGGAGAAGAGGAGGAAGGGAAGCGUGGGUUCUUUUCAGAUUCUUUAAGCCAAAGUUUAAAGAUGAGAUCAAUCCAAUGCGGUUGUGACCUCUGACUUAUUUAACCUAUUUAUACUUGGUAAAAAGAGUUAUUUAUUAAUCAACGAAAAAUCCAUGGUGGAUUUUGUGCACUUCAAUGGAAUUUUGCCCUAUAUUUUAUAUAAUUGUUGUGUUAAUUAGAGCAUAGAUUCAAAUUCUAUUACUUGAGCACCAUUUCUAGGAAUGCAUUACGUUUUAUAAAACGAAAUUGAAAAAUAUUUAUUGAAACAAUUUUUAUUUAUUUAAAUGUAUUUAUCUAAGUAGUUCAACAGGUUUUGUUGAAUUGGAUAUAGUGGGAUUAGCUGUUUUGAAUGCACAUCACUAAUAAGUGACUGGAAGGAAUGUUUUGUACUCAUGCAGAAAUAAAAAAAAUAUCCAUUAAGACACGUUUCUUCUUUGGAACACGUAGCAUGUCGUUGUAGAACUGC